AUGUUUCUCAGUCCCGAGAAACCCGCUAGCCCUCACAAAAAAGCUUCCAUCACGUCUACAGAAAGCAGCGGUCACAAUAUGCUCACGUCACUAGAAUCUCCCCUAGACGACGAGACGGAUUCCAACGAACGCCCCCAAGCCGAUCGGCGCGGUCCCGCCUCCGGAAGGAUCAAGAAAGCGGCAGGGCAAUGGAUAAUAUGUCUUCGCAAGCCACCGUCGAAGCACACUGGAUCAAGUCAAUGGUACUUCGUAGCCUUGACAGUGGAGCGAAUCAGAGCACUGGAAGGAGUUAUUCUCGAGGCCAAUGUUGGUGCCAAGGCGAAAGGACAGAGCGGCUACUCUGUACACUUUCUGACAUGUCUCAAAUUAGCCGGAAAGGGGAAUAUCAGCAAAGCAUUUGGCGAGUUCCGUGUUUGGGUUCCGCAAGGCUCUCAGUCUCGGGGAGGACGUCUACGCCGUACGGUCUGCCCCACGGACGGAAGCGAGGCCUACCUUGCCGUUGUUAACGAGUGUGGAUCAAGCCCGUGGUCCAAAAGGCCCCAGAGCGCCAGGGACACGAGCCAGAGAGGCCCGCCCUGUCUAGACGGUUCAUUGUCCUCCGCGGCGCUGGUGAUUGGUAUGACUCGUGCAUGGAGUCAGGGCCGUCGCGGUAAUGGAUUACGGAGUACGGAGGACACGGUUAAAGGAGUGAAGUGA